AUGUUUUAUGUGGAUUUUACGAGUUUGCUGAGGAAGCUCGACGGAUGCCUGAAAUGUUUAGACGUAGCUGUUAGGGAUGCAGGAGGUAAUUUGAAAUUCAAUAUUGGGUGGUCUUACUUUCUUUCUAUUCUGAAGGAGUUGAACAGCAUAUCUAAACUUUACGAGGACGGGGAAGAACUUCCAUCUGGUGCAUUUCGCGCAUUUCCCCUUGCAAUUAGAUAUCUUAUUUGUCACUCAAAGAGGGGUGAUGAUCAUCUAUGGCUUCUCAAGUAUGACACUGCAAUAGAUUUUGAAUCAAGGAUACAUCUGAUGGUUCUGAUGUUUCCUGAGGUAAAGGACGACAACAGAAAGCUGCAAAAAAUGCUCGUUGACAGGUCGCUCUUGUUGACAGAAUCAUUUGAGCACAUUGGUCUUGUAGAAGCAAGGUCCUUGCAUAAUGGCCUCUUCGUGGAAUUCAAGAAUGAGGCAGCUACGGGUCAUGGUGUCCUGCGGGAGUGGCUUUUCUUGGUAUGCCAAGCACUCUUUAGUUCAGAAUAUUCCCUUUUUGUAGAAUGCCCAGAGGACCGGCGCAGGUUUUUUCCCAACCCAGCACAAGUCAAACCUCAACAACUUAUGUUGUAUGCCUUCGGUGGUCGAGUUAUCGCUUUAGCCUUGAUGGAUAAAGUGAAAGUGCGCAUUGCAUUCGAUCGUGUAUUUUUCUUGCAAUUAGCGGAGGAGAAAAUAUCCAUGGAAGACAUACGAUGUGCAGAUCCCAUGAUGUAUAAGAGUUGCAAAGAUAUUUUGGAGAUGGAUGCUGACCUUGUGGAUGCAGGUGAUCUGGGGCUGACAUUUGUCAGGGAAAUAAAAGAGUUUGGAUCCAGGAAAACCGUGGAGCUGUGCCCCGGAGGGAUCGGCAUUGUAGUCAAUAGCAAGAACAGAGAGCAAUAUGUACAUCUUCUCAUUCAGCAUAUCUUUGUCAAAUCAAUCUCAGCAAAGGUUGCCUAUUUUGCUCGAGGUUUUGGUGAUAUUCUUUGUAAGCGAAGGCUGGCGAAAAACUUUUUCCGAAGUAUAGGGUUGAGAGGUCUUGAUUGUGUGUUGGAUGGGAGCGACAAACCUAUUUGUUUCAAAGAUUGGAAAGCACACGUGAAGUAUGAAGACUGCAACGAAAACGAUGAACAGAUUUGCUGGUUUUGGAAGGUUGUUGAGGAUAUGUCCAUGGAGCAGCAGAGGGAGCUUCUUUUCUUUUGGACCUCAGUGAAAUACCUUCCUGUAGUUGGUUUUUCUGGCUUGUCACAUCCUUUAACUAUCUGCAAGACAUCCUGCUCCGACGAUCACCUGCCUUCAUCCCACACAUGUUUCUACCGUUUGUCACUCCCACAUUACCCAUCUCUAGCCAUCACACAGCAGCGUCUCUCUUUAAUCUGCCAAACACAUGUAGGCUGUAGUUUUGGGUUUGGGUGAGACAUUU